AUGCCCGACAGUACAUUCGCAGGCCUCGGCCUUUCGGUGGUUGGGCUGGGGACGCAGUACCCAGCCCACUCGCUCAGGGCCGCAGACGUAGAUGCCUUGAGCAAGAGGUUCUAUACAGACUCGCCCGCCAUGGCAAAAGUCAUGUCAAUUAACCGGGCAGCUGGAAUAGAGUCCCGCGCCAGCAUCGCACCGCCCGAAGACCCCAUGUACAACCAGGAGAACGCCCCUUCAAUUGCAGACUUGCACAAGAUCUUUAUUCGCGAAGGCGUGCCCCUAGCUAUCAGCGCAGCGAAAAAGGCCAUCAAGGAGUCCGCGCUAGAGCUCGACCGCAUCACGCACGUCGUAUCAGCCACUUGCACCGACAGCGCCAACCCGGGCUUUGACCAUUCCGUAGUCAAGGGUCUCGGCAUCACCCACCAGGUCGAAAAGGUUCUGCUUCACGGCGUAGGCUGCAGCGGUGGGCUAGCGGCGCUCAGGACGGCGGCCAACCUCGCAUUGGGCCACACGGCACGGGGCCUGCCGGCGAGGGUGCUCUGCGUGACGCUGGAGAUCAACACGCCGAUGGUGAGGAGCGAACUGGACAGCAUACAGGAGUCGCAGCAAGUCAGAAUCGCUGCGUGUCUGUUCUCGGACGCGGCGACGGCCGUGGUGCUGAGCAAUGGCAUCGGCGAACAGGCCGAGCCUGUCUACGAACUGCUGGGAUGGGAUCACAGGAUCAUCCCCGACACGGAAAGUGAGCUUGGCUUCGACGUUGAUCCAGCUGGUUGGAAAGCGGUCCUGACGCCGCGGGUUCCCCAAGUCACCGCAGCGGCAAUCCUCCCGACUUUUGAGGACCUGCUGGCCGCUCUGCCUCCAUUACCGCCACCAUACACAGCUGCUACAGAUUUCGACUGGGUUUUGCACCCUGGCGGCCCUGCAAUCUUGGUCAACGCAGAGCGCGCCUUGGGCAUCACUCGUCAACAUCUACGGGCCAGCUACGACGUGUACGUCAACAGGGGCAAUUCCGGCUCUGCGACGAUAUACAGCGUCUUGGACCGCCUGCGAUGUAUGGUCGCCGAUACUAGCUCGGAUAACGAGGGUCGGCGCGAGUACAUCGUCGCGUGCGCGUUUGGCCCUGGCGUUGCGGUGGAGAUGUGCAUCCUGCGGCGCCGGGCACCUUGA